UGAGAUUUUUCUGCUUUGGCUUUUUCCUAUAGGUGCCAGAGUUGAUCUGCUUCAGACUUCCAUGAAUGACUCAUCUUCCUGUCAUAGUUUCUUAGACUACAAUGACUUAAUCUUUGGGUCACUGUUAAAUGCAGUUUCUCCUAGCAUGUGUAUUGGGAGGAGUAUUUGGAGGGAUUCAAACGCAAGCCUCUUUCUUCCUCGUGCUGAUCAGUUCCUAGGGAAUCUGGAAAAGUUAUAAGCAAAACAUUUUUCUAAGAAAAUUUUGGAUAACAGAAGUUCUGAGUAACAGGGCAAACCAGUUCCACCACCAUGAGUUGGAGCUUCCUGACUCGCCUGCUAGAGGAGAUCCACAACCAUUCCACAUUCGUGGGGAAGAUCUGGCUCACUGUUUUGAUUGUCUUCCGGAUUGUCCUUACAGCAGUAGGAGGAGAAUCCAUCUAUUAUGAUGAGCAAAGCAAAUUUGUGUGCAACACGGAGCAGCCAGGCUGCGAGAAUGUCUGCUAUGAUGCCUUCGCACCCCUUUCCCAUGUGCGCUUCUGGGUGUUCCAGAUCAUUCUGGUGGCAACCCCCUCAGUGAUGUACCUGGGCUAUGCCAUUCACAAGAUUGCCAAGAUGGAGCAUGGCGAAGCAGACAAGAAAGGGGCUCGGAGCAAACCCUAUGCCAUGCGUUGGAAACAGCACCGGGCUCUGGAAGAAACCGAAGAGGACCAUGAAGAGGAUCCCAUGAUGUAUCCAGAAAUGGAAUUGGAAAGUGAGAAAGAAAAUAAAGAGCAGAACCAACCUAAACCCAAGCAUGACGGCCGCCGGCGGAUCCGGGAAGAUGGGCUCAUGAAGAUCUAUGUGCUGCAGUUGCUGGCAAGGACCGUGUUCGAGGUGGGUUUCCUGAUAGGGCAGUAUUUUCUGUAUGGCUUCCAAGUCCACCCGUUUUAUGUGUGCAGCAGACUUCCUUGUCCUCAUAAGAUAGACUGCUUUAUUUCUAGGCCCACUGAAAAGACCAUCUUUCUUCUGAUAAUGUAUGGUGUAACAGGCCUUUGCCUCCUGCUGAACAUUUGGGAAAUGCUUCAUUUAGGGUUUGGGACAAUUCGAGACUCACUAAACAGUAAAAGGAGGGAACUGGAAGAUCCGGGUGCUUAUAAUUAUCCCUUCACUUGGAAUACGCCAUCUGCUCCCCCUGGCUAUAACGUUGCCGUCAAACCGGAUCAAAUCCAGUACACCGAACUGUCCAACGCCAAGAUCGCCUACAAGCAGAACAAGGCCAACAUCGCCCAGGAACAGCAGUAUGGCAGCCACGAGGAGACCCUCCCAGCGGACCUGGAGACCCUGCAGCGGGAGAUCAGAAUGGCUCAGGAGCGCUUGGACCUGGCGAUCCAGGCCUACAGUCACCAAAACAACCCCCAUGGUCCCCGGGAGAAAAAAGCCAAAGUGGGGUCCAAAGCUGGGUCCAACAAGAGCAGUGCUAGUAGCAAAUCAGGGGAUGGGAAGACCUCCGUCUGGAUUUAAUCUUGGCCAGGCUUAACACUUGUGCUCCUCGUCGCUCGCGGUAAGCAGCGGCUCCCUGAAUGAUGGCUUCCAUUGAGUAAACAGUUGGCUCUGGUUAUCUUCAGGGAUGCUGCUGGCUCAUGAUCGACGCUCGGGGGGCUCCGAAGCGGGGCUGGGACAAGGGGGAGAAAAGGGGAACACCGUGUUCCUGGGCACAUAUUUCAGCAAUAAUACUGUUAUGGAACUUUACAUCUGUGUCUUCCAGAUCUGGAAAAAAACAGAUACUAUUUAAAUCAUUCUUGUUGAAAAGUUUUUGUAUGUACAGUAUUAUGGUACAUUUUUUUAGUAUGAGAACUUUCUUUUGUAUUUGUAUAUUGGACCACUGUAGUUAUACUUUUAUAUUAAAGGAAAAAAAUCUUUCAGGUAAUGCCUAUUAGGCUAGUGUUAUUACUCUGUUCAGCAGAUUCCACCCUGGGUUUAAACUUUAAUAGAUGCCACACCUAAUAAAAGUGCCUGUCGCAUUGCAGGGAAGACUUUGGGUAUGUAAGGAGCCAGAGGACGAAGCAUCAGUUUUCAGUCUUGGAAAGAAAGUCUGCAGUAGAAGGAGGCUGAGAUCUUUUCUCCUUUACUUAACAAAUCCUUGAAUCUCAUUCGCCCACCCAAACCUGUCUCCAAUCUUAGAAAACCUGUUUGUAUUUUCAAAGGAUGACUAACUGCAGGAUUUCUUAUAUUAUCAAGCAUUGUCAGCAUAUGCCCCGAUGGUGUGUACCUAAUUUAAGUUCUUCCAAAAGGCCGACACACAAGGUGUCCCCAGUCUGGUGGCAGCACGGUGACCCUGCCUGGAGGUGUCACUAUGAUUACUCUCCGGCAAAGCCAUGCCUGGAAAAUGAGCCCCGUUUUGUGGACCUAUUUGAUUCACCUUAAAUCCCUGUCCAGAAACCUGCCUCUUUGGAGGAUGUUAACAUUGGAAAUAAAAAGAUUCCCUUGUAGGCUAAAAAUACUCAGAGCCAUUUGUAUCGCAUGUGGCGGAAGGCCUAAAUCCGAAUUCCUUAUUUUUUUGUAAUUUGCUGUGUUACUUUUAUCAUUUCUUUACUUCUGCCAGUGUAGAUUUCUGUAUGGAAGACCGGUCAGAAUGACCUGUAAGUAGACCUGAAGAGAAUUUCAGAAUUCAUUCCCUGUAGGCAUGUCUGUUUGUUAAUGACAAGCAUUCAUGUUCACAUAACACUUGUAAUAUGCAGUAUUUCAUUGAUAGUUUCAGUCCUAUGUUAUGUUGGAGAGCAAAGCCUGCCCACCCCGUCCGCAUCAUCGGUCUUACAGUUUAUGAGCUUGUGAGCAAGCGCUUGCUGGGUAAAGAUGGAAAGAAAGGGGCCUUUGCUUCCCAGGGGGCGUUUCAGUUCAAGUGUCUCACUCUUUUCUCAUAGAAAGCAAGCCACC